AUGUCGUCUGAAGUGAAGAAAUUGAAUACUCCCGAAAAACUUAGUGAUACUAUCACCGUGAGUCAAGAAGUCGAUGGUUCAACCUUCCUUGAUUUUACUGCGACAGACUUCGAAAGAUGGGGAAUACCUGGUGGACCGGCCAAAAGAAUCGAAAAGUUAAUUAAAGACAUUCAAGGAGCCACCCAUCAACCUACUUCCGUGGAGAACCUUACGCUUGAUCUUGGGCAACUGAGCUUGUCAGGAGGUACUAGCAAUACGAGCACAACAUUUUCUAAUUUAUUUUCUGGUCUUGUGAGAACUGUGGAAGAAAACUCGAAACAAAUAGGUUUGCUGAUUCAAAUUGAGCAAGCGAGGAAUCGCGGACCUAUUUUAGGAGAAUAUGAGAUAGGAGGCUCUGUGACGCGUGCUAACGUUUACAAAAACACUAUCUUUGAAAAUGUUGAUCAGGAAUAUUAUCUUGUUGAGACUAAUUCCUACCUUAAAACGGCAGUUCAAAGAUGGUUCAACAAUUUGAUGUCUCAAUUUGGCUCAAGAUGGGGUGAUUUCGUCGCCAAAGGUACACAUGAUGUAGGGUAUCUUAACGGACUAAUGCCAGACCUUAGCGUUUUUAAGACGGAAGAUGUUGCAGAUAAUGCUUGUAUUCCCAUGCUAGUUAAAACGAUUCUGGAGUUAAAGGUACAAAAGAGAAGUACUGGCUUCUCUAAUGAAGAAAAGGGACAGAUAGUGGACUACCUUCGUGUUCUCACUCGACAACAACCGUUGCGCAAACUUUUUGCAAUAUUUUUGUCAGAUGGAGCAUACUUUUAUGUCAUGUCCUUUAAUAGGAAUAUUAAUCAGUAUCAGGAGUUUAAAACCAACUUCAGGAUAGGAUUGCGACUUUUUUAUACAUUGAUCCUUCGAGGAUCAGAUUAUGUAAGAGCUUUCGGAUCUAGGAGUGUAAACUUCCGGUCACAAAUUUCUAGCACUCGUACAAAACUCAUUGGAAUACGCCUAGAGGAGUUUUUAGGCGAGGGAUCAUCUGCAAAUGUAUAUAGGAUCAGGUGGAAUGAUAGACCAGCCGUCAUAAAAACAAUUUCUGAUCCAAAUGUCUUAAAACGUGAGGUGGAAAUGCUGAGAUUUUUGAAUGGUUCAAACAUCCAGAACAUUCCAGAAUAUGUCGCGCAUGAUGAUAAAAAUAUUAUUAUUUACCCAGUUUGUAAGAGAGUUGACAAACGAUUUCAGGCUAGUCACGCUAGAGGGCUCUUACAAGUUUUAGAAAGAAUUCAUUCAUUGAAAAUUUAUCAUCGAGAUGUACGACCAUCGAAUAUCAUGUUAAAUACUGAAAAUAAUUCACUCACCCUUAUUGAUUGGGGAUCGGCAGUUCGUGAUCCUACUGGCGAAGUAAUUUAUGAGAGAACAUCCACAUAUGCUUCACCUGCCAUUUUAAAUAAUGAUAUGGGACCUUACAAUCCACAACCAGCAGAUGACCUACAUUCUUUCGUUCGUACAAUAUAUGUUCUGCUUAAUCCAUUGAAGAAACCAAAAAAUCUGAAAUCAAACGAAGAUAUUAUGAAUUAUUGGAAUCUCCAACUAAAUGGUCGUCCAUUCUGGAACGAUAUGUUGACUGCAGCAGAUGAUGAAUAUCAAUUAUUUUCUCUAUUGUCCAGCUAUGUGAAACAUCUUAUGGCCUAG